ACUGCCCACUCCGUCCUGCCUGCCUGCCCUGCGCCUGCAUCUCAGAGUUCACUCCCCAGCGGCUGCUGCAGAGACUUCAGACUUCUGACUUCUGUCUUGGACCGCAGGCCUGCUGGCCACUGUCGGCCAUGGCAGAGCCCCAGGGCUGCCUCCUGCUCUUCCUCCUGGCCUCCUUGCUGGCUGGCUCCGGCUUCAUUUGGGGGCAGAAGGUACAGUCCAAGCGCUGUGACGUGAAGACCAAGUUCAUCACUCAUGUACCCUGCACCUCGUGCGCCAUCAAGAGGCAGAUGUGUCCUCCUGGUUGGCUGCUUCACCGUUUCCCAGACAAGAUAACGCAGAACUGCCGCUACGAGGUGCAGCUGGGGGACUCACUGGUGUCCAUGAGUGGCUGCAGUACAGAGUGCUGGAAAGAUGUGGUACAGAAGGCCUGCUGCCCUGGCUACUGGGGCUCGCAGUGCUAUGAGUGCCCCGGGGGUGCUAAGACCCCAUGCAGUGGCCACGGGACCUGCCUGGAUGGCAUGGCUGGGAAUGGGACCUGUGUGUGCCAGGAAAACUUCAGUGGCUCAGCCUGCCAGGAGUGCCGAGACCCCCACCGGUUUGGGGCUGACUGCCAGUCAGAGUGCAGCUGUGUACACGGCGUGUGCAGCAAUGGGCCACAGGGGAAUGGAAGCUGCCUGUGCUUUGCUGGGUACUCUGGCCUCCACUGUGACCGAGAGCUGCCUGUCUGCCGGAGCCUGAACUGCCCCCCGAACUCCCAGUGCUCUGAAGAGGCUCCCACCUGCAAGUGCCUGCCUGGCUACACCCAGCAGGGGGGCACAUGCCUAGCUCGUGACCCCUGCCAGUCAUCACCCUGUUCCCCGAUGGCCCGUUGCUCGGUGAGUCCCAAGGGACAGGCUCAGUGUCGCUGCCCUGAGAACUACCACGGUGACGGGAAGGUGUGUCUGCCCCGGGACCCGUGCGCUACCAACUUUGGUGGCUGCCCCAGCAACUCUACCGUGUGCCUGUACCAGAAGCCAGGCAAGGCCACUUGCUCGUGCCAACCAGGCCUGGUGAGCAUCAACCACAAUGCCUCUGCGGGCUGCUUUGGCUACUGCUUCCCCCACACCUGUGAAAAGUCAGCCACCUGCCAAGUGACCCCUGAAGGGAGGACCAGAUGUCUGUGCAAGGAGGGCGAGGUGGGGGAUGGUCGUGCCUGCUACGGGCACCUGCUCCACGAGGUGCAGAAGGCCAGCGAAAUGGGUACGCUGUUCCAGCGGCUGAGAGCCACCUUCACCAUGCUGGAGCAGGGCUGCCAGGAGAUCCUCACCACAUCAGGCCCGUUCACUGUGCUGGUGCCCAUUGCCACCUCCGUCUCCUCCGUCUCCGGGAACAUGAACGUGCUGCUUGCCCAGCAGCUCUGCCGACAGCACGUGAUCGCGGGCCAGCACAUCCUGGAGGACGGGCUGUUCCCGAGUGCGCACACGUGGUGGACGCUGGCUGGCCAGGAGAUAACUGUCCUCUUCAACAGCUUGCAGAGAUACACCUACAAGUACAGCGACCAACCCCACCAGACAUUCACCGUGCAAAAGGCCAACAACGUGGCCUCCAACGGUGUCUUCCAUGUGGUCACUCCCCUGCACUGGCAGCCCCUGCCCACGACCCCUGGGAGCCCCAAGCAAACCGUUAGCCAGAUCCUUGCCGCUAAUGAGGUCUUCAGCCGAUUUGAAACCAUUCUGGAGAACUGUGGGCUGCCCUCCAUCCUGGACGGACCUGGGCCCUUCACGGUCUUUGUCCCAAGCAACAAGGCUGUGGACAGCUUGCGUGACGGCCGUCUGAUCUAUCUCUUCACAGCAGGUCUCUCCAAACUGCAGGAGCUGGUGAGGUACCACAUCUACAACCGUGGUCAGAUGACUGUGGCUAAGCUCAUUGCCAAGGGGCGGAUCCUCACCCUGGCAAACCAGGUCCUGGCUGUGAAUGUCUCUGAUGAGGGGCGCAUCCUGCUGGGCCCGGAGGGCGUCCCUCUGAGACAAGUGGACAUACUGGCGGCCAACGGUGUCAUCCACAUGCUGGAGGGUGUCCUGCUGCCUCCAACCAUCCUGCCCAUCCUGCCUAAGCACUGUGACGAGGAGCAGCACAAGAUCGUGGUGGGCUCCUGUGUGGACUGUCAAGCCCUGAACACCAGCGUGUGCCCCCCGAACAGUGUGAAGCUGGACAUACUUCCCAAGGAGUGCGCCUACACCCACGACUCUGCUGGGCUCAACGUGCUGAAGAAGGGCUGUGCGAACUACUGCAACCAGACCGUCACAGUGAGCUGGAAACUCGGCUGUUGCAAAGGGUUUUUUGGACCUGACUGCACACAGUGUCCUGGGGGCUUCUCCAACCCCUGCUAUGGCAAAGGCAAUUGUAGCGAUGGGAUCCAGGGCAAUGGCACCUGCCUCUGCUUCCCAGACUACAAGGGCAUUGCCUGCCAUGUGUGCUCCAACCCAAAGAAGCACGGAGACCAGUGCCAGGAAGACUGCGGCUGCAUCCACGGUCUGUGUGACAACCGUCCCGGCAGUGGGGGUGUGUGUCAGCAGGGCACUUGUGUCCCAGGCUUCAGCGGCCGCUUCUGCAAUGAGACUGUGAGGGACUGUGGGCCCACGGGGCCGGCUCAGCUCUGCCACCAGCACGCCCGCUGCAUCAGCCAGGAGGGCGUCACCAGGUGUGUCUGUCUUGAUGGCUUCGAGGGCGACGGCUUCUCCUGCGCCCGCCGCAACCCCUGCUCCCAGCCAGACCGUGGAGGCUGCUCAGAGAAUGCUGAGUGUGUCGCUGGGGACCUGGGCACCCACCACUGCACGUGCCACAAGGGCUGGAGUGGGGAUGGCCACGUCUGUGUGGCCAUUGAUGAAUGUGGGCUGGACACUCGUGGAGGCUGCCAUGCCGACGCACUCUGCAGAUAUGUGGGGCCAGGACAGAGCCAGUGCACCUGCAAGCUGGGCUUCGCCGGGGAUGGCUACGAGUGCAGCCCCAUUGACCCCUGCAGGGCAGGCAACGGAGGCUGCCAUGGCCUGGCCACCUGCAAGGCGGUGGGGGGCGGUCAGCGAGUCUGUUCGUGUCCCCCUCAUUUUGGGGGUGAUGGCUUCAAUUGCUAUGGAGACAUCUUCCGUGAACUGGAGGCAAAUGCCCACUUCUCCACCUUCUACCAGUGGUUCAAGAGUGCCAGCAUCACUCUUUCCGCUGACAACCGCGUCACAGUCCUGGUGCCCUCUGAGUCUGCCAUCCGCAGGCUGAGCCCCGAGGACAAGGCCUUCUGGCUGCAGCCGAAGAUGCUGCCAGUUUUGGUCAGGGCCCAUCUUCUCCAGGGUGCCCUCUCUGAGGAGGACCUGGCCCGGCUAGGUGGACGGGAGGUGGUUACUCUGAACCCCACCACACGCUGGGAGAUUCACAACAUCAGUGGGAGGGUCUGGGUGCAGAACGCCAGCGUGGAUGUGGCUGACCUCCUUGCUACUGACGGUGUCCUGCACAUCAUCAGCCAGGUCUUGCUGCCUCCGCGAGGGGUCGUGCAGGCUGGGCAGGGGGUGCUGCAGCAGCUGAAACAGGUGCCUGCCUUUCGCCUCUUCGGGGAGCUGCUGCAGCGCCACCAGUUGGUCCCUCAGAUCGAGGCUGCCACUGCCUAUACCAUCUUUGUGCCCACAAACCAAUCCUUGGAGGUCCAGGGCAACAGCAGCCUGGAUGCAGACACAGUGCGACACCAUGUGAUCCUGGGGGAGGCACUCUCCACGGAAGCCCUACAGAGGGGGGGACACCGCAACUCCAUGCUGGGCCCGGCCCACUGGCUUGUCUUCUACAACCACAGUGGCCAGCCUGAGGUGAACCACACACCUCUGGAAGGUCCCUUGCUGAAGGGUCCUGGCUACUCACUGUUUGGCCUGUCUGGUGUCCUGACUGUGGGUUCAAGCCGCUGCCUGCACAGCCAUGCAGAGGCCCUGCGGGAGAAAUGUAUAAACUGCACCCGGAAGUUCCGCUGCACCCAGGGCUUCCAGCUGCAGAACACGCCCAAGAAGAGCUGUGUGUACAGAUCAGGCCUUUCCUUCUCCCGGGGCUGUUCUCACACGUGUGUCAAGAAGAUCCAGGUGCCUGACUGCUGCCCUGGCUACUUCGGCACAUUGUGUGAGCCAUGCCCUGGGGGUCUGGGAGGUGUGUGCUCAGGCCACGGGCAGUGCCAGGACAGGUUUCUGGGCAGUGGGGAGUGUCGCUGCCAGGAGGGCUUCCACGGAACGGCCUGUGAGAUGUGUGAGCUGGGCCGCUAUGGACCCAACUGCACUGGAGUGUGCGACUGUGCCCAUGGACUCUGCCAGGAGGGGCUGCGAGGGGAUGGAAGCUGUGUCUGUAAUGUGGGCUGGCAGGGCCUCCGCUGUGACCAGAAAAUCUCUGGCCCACAGUGUGCAAAGUGUGACCUCAAUGCCAACUGCAUACAGAGCUCAGCUGGAGCCCCUGCCUGCGUCUGUGCCGCCGGAUACUCGGGCAAUGGGAGCUACUGUUCAGAGGUGGACCCAUGUGCCCACAGCCAUGGGGGCUGCUCCCCACAUGCCAACUGCACCAAGGUGGCACCUGGACAGCGGACAUGCACCUGCCAGGAUGGCUACACCGGCGACGGGGAGCUGUGCCAGGAGGUUAAAAGCUGUCUUGUCCACAAUGGGGGCUGCCACAUUCAUGCCGAUUGCAUCUCCACAGGCCCCCAGCAGGUGUUCUGCAACUGCCGUGAGGGUUACAGCGGAGAUGGCAUCCAGACCUGUGAGCUCCUGGACCCCUGCUCCAAGAAUAAUGGAGGCUGCAGCCCUUACGCUGUGUGCAAAAGCACAGGGGAUGGCCAGAGAACAUGCACUUGCGACACAGCCCGUACUGUGGGAGAUGGUUUCACCUGCCGCGCGCGAGUUGGCCUGGAACUCCUUCGGGACAAGCAGGCCUCAUUCUUUAGUCUCCACCUGUUCGAAUACAAGGAGCUCAAGGGCGAAGGGCCAUUCACAGUCUUCGUACCACAGGCAGAUCUGAUGACCAACCUGUCACAAGAUGAGCUGGCUCGGAUUGGGGCACAUCGCCAGCUGGUGUUUCGCUACCACGUGGUGGGCUGCCGGCAGCUGUGGAGUCCGGAGCUGCUGGAGCAGGGAUACGCCACAGCGCUCUCUGGACACUCGCUGCGCUUCAGCGAGAGGGAGGGCAGCAUAUACCUCAAUGACUUUGCCCGGGUGGUGAGCAGCGACCACGAGGCAGUGAACGGAGUCCUGCACUUCAUCGACCGUGUCCUGCUACCUCCAGACGUGCUCCACUGGGAGCCUGAUACCAUCGCAGUCCCCCGGAGCAAUGUCACCACUGCUGCCGAGAGCUUUGGUUACAAGAUCUUCAGCCGCCUUGUGAAGGUGUCUGGCCUCCUGCCCAUGCUCCGAGAUGCGUCCCACAGGCCCCUCACGAUGCUGUGGCCCACGGACGCGGCCCUGCAGGCCCUGCCCCUGGAUCGGCAGGCCUGGCUGUACCACGAGGACCACCGGGACAAGCUGGCAGCCAUUCUCCGUGGCCAUGUGAUCCGCAACGUGGAGGCCUUGGCAUCUGACCUGCCCAACCUGGGCCCACUCCGAACCAUGCAUGGGACGCCCAUCUCCUUCUCUUGUGGCCGUGGCAGGCCUGGUGAGCUCAUGGUGGGCGAAGAUGAUGCUCGGAUUGUACAACGGUACCUGGCCUUUGAGGGUGGCCUGGCCUACGGCAUCGACCAGCUGCUGGAGCCACCAGGCCUUGGUUCACGCUGUGACCGCUUUGAGACCCGGCCACUGCGGCUGAAGACCUGCAGCAUCUGUGGGCUGGAGCCACCCUGUCCUGAGGGCUCACGGGAGCAGGGCAGCAUUGAGGCCUGCUGGCGCUACUACUCGAAGCUCUGGACGAGCCUCGCACAGCGCACCUUCAUGCAUGGCGGUGUAUGGCUACGGCCCAGCUUCUGGGGACAGCCCCAAGGCCUGGGUAGGGGCUGCCAGCGCUCCUGUGUCACCACCACCUGGAAGCCUAGCUGCUGUCCUGGUCACUACGGCAGUGAGUGCCAAGCUUGCCCCGGUGGCCCCAGCAGCCCCUGUAGUGACCACGGUGUGUGCCUGGAUGGCAUAAGCGGCAGUGGGCAGUGUAGAUGUCAUUCGGGUUUUGCUGGAACGGCCUGUGAACUCUGCGCCCCGGGUGCCUUUGGACCCCAAUGCCAAGCCUGCCACUGCACCCCCCAUGGUCACUGUGAUGAAGGACUUGGGGGCUCCGGCUCCUGCUUCUGUGAUGAGGGGUGGACUGGGCCGCACUGCGAGGUGCAGCUGGAGCUGCAGCCUGUGUGUACCCCACCCUGUGCACCCCAGGCCAUGUGCCGUGCGGGCAACAGCUGCGAGUGCAGCCUGGGCUAUGAAGGCGAUGGCCGUGUGUGCACAGUGGCAGACCUGUGCCAGGAUGGGCAUGGGGGCUGUAGUGAGCAUGCCAACUGCAGCCAGGUCGGCACAGUGGUCACCUGUGUGUGCCUCCCCAACUACGAGGGUGACGGCUGGAGCUGCCGGGCCCGCAACCCCUGUGCAGACAGCCACCGCGGGGGCUGCAGCGAGCAUGCCGACUGUCUGUACACUGGCCCGAACGCCCGGCGCUGUGAGUGCCAUGCAGGCUACGUGGGUGACGGACUACAGUGUCUAGAAGAAGCUGAGCCACCCGUGGACCGCUGCCUGGGCCGGCCGCCACCCUGCCACUCGGAUGCCGUGUGCACUGACCUGCAUUUCCAGGAAAAGAGGGCCGGCGUCUUCCACCUCCAGGCCCCUGAUGUCCCUUAUGGAUUGACCUUCUCAGAGGCUGAGGCGGCAUGUGGGGCCCAGGGGGGUGUACUUGCUUCACUCCCUCAGCUCUCUGCUGCCCAGCAGCUGGGCUUCCACCUGUGCCUCAUGGGCUGGCUGGCCGACGGAUCUGCCGCCCACCCAGUUGUGUUCCCGGCGGCAGACUGCGGUGACGGUCGGGUAGGUGUGGUCAGUUUGGGCACCCGCAAGAAUCUCUCAGAGCGCUGGGAUGCCUACUGCUACCGUGCGCAAGAUGUGGCUUGCCGAUGUCGGGCCGGCUUUGUGGGUGAUGGGAUCAGCACGUGCAACGGGAAGCUGCUUGACGUACUGGCUGCCACUGCCAACUUCUCCACCUUCUAUGGGAUGCUGCUGGGCUAUGCCAAUGCUACCAAGCAAGGUCUGGACUUCCUGGAUUUCCUGGACGAUGAGCUCACCUACAAGACACUCUUUGUCCCUGUCAAUGAAGCCUUUGUGGACAACACGACGCUGAGCGGCCCAGACCUUGAGCUGCACGCUUCCAACACCACCCUCCUGAGCACAAAUGCCAGCCAGGGUACUUUGCUCCCUACCCACUCUGGUCUCAGCCUUAUCAUCAGCGACGUGGGCCCUGAGAACAGUUCUUGGGCCCCUGUGCCUCCGGGGACAGUUGUGGUUAGGCACGUCAUCGUGUGGGACAUCAUUGCCUUCAACGGCAUCAUCCAUGCUCUCGCCAGCCCCCUCUUGACACCUCCACAGGCUGGGGCAGUGAUAGCACCCGAGCGCCGGCCUGUAGCAGCAAGUGUGGGGGCUGUGGUAGCCACUGGAGCACUGCUCAGCCUGGUGGCCGGAGCCCUCUACCUCCAAGCCCGAGGCAAGCCCACUGGCUUUGGCUUUUCCACCUUCCAGGCAGAGGAAGAUGCUGACGAUGACUUCGCCCCAUGGCAAGAAGGGAACCCAACCCUCGUCUCUGUCCCCAACCCUGUUUUUGGCAGCCAUGACGCCUUUUGCGAGCCCUUUGAUGACUCACUCCUGGAAGACGACUUCCCUGACACCCAGAGGAUCCUUGCUGUCAAGUGAUGGGCUGAGCUCACAGCAGAGGCACAUGUGGGA